UUCAAGGUCUGAGCUCACACUGCCAUGGGGGACUGGAACCUGCUGGGAAAGCUUCUGGAGAAAGCCCAGGAGCACUCCACUGUGGUGGGCAAGGUGUGGCUCACCGUCCUCUUCAUCUUCCGCAUCCUGAUCCUGAGCGCAGCCACAGAGAAGGUGUGGGGUGACGAGCUGUCUGGCUUCACCUGCGACACAAAACAGCCUGGUUGUGAGAACGUGUGCUAUGACAUCACGUUCCCCAUCUCUCACGUCCGCUUUUGGGUGCUGCAGAUCAUCUUUGUGUCCACGCCGACGCUGAUCUACCUGGGACACAUUCUUCACCUGGUGCGGAUGGAGGAGAAGCAUGAAGGCAAACAGAAGGAGAAGGAACUUGCACAUAAUUCAGACAAGCAGGCCCUCAUUGUGGAUGCCAAGCACAAAAAGGCUCUGGUAAGGGAUGACAGAGGCCGAGUACGCCUGCAGGGGGAGCUCUUGCGCACAUAUGUCUUUAAUGUGAUCUUUAAAACCCUGUUUGAAGUGGGAUUCAUUGUGGCUCAGUACCUCUUGUACGGCUUUGAGCUUAAGCCCAUGUACACAUGCGACAGACCGCCCUGCCCAAAUGUGGUAAACUGCUACAUAUCCCGACCCACAGAGAAAACCAUCUUCAUCAUCUUCAUGCUGGGAGUGGCUAGUGUUUCUCUUUUAUUAAACCUCAUAGAGAUCUACCACCUGGGCUUUACAAAGUGCCGCCAGGGCUUCACCUUCAGGAGACGUCACCAGGCUGCUAAAAGUCUCCGGAAGCAGCCCAGUGAGACCUCUGUGCCUUUUGCGCCCAGUUAUGACGAAUACAUCCACCACCAAGUCCAGCCGGCUUAUCCACCUGUCCCCAGCUACGACCUCUCCCCUCUGCAUGAUGGCACAGACUCGUCCUUCCACCCCUACCACAGCAAGGCGGCCUACAAGCAGAAUAAAGACAACUUGGAAGUGGAGAGGAGCAGCAGCAAGCCAGAGGAAUGCGACCUGAAAGGAAAGAAGGGAGCAGGAUCGGCCCCUGGGUCACCUACGCAGGCCAGGCCGGGUCGCAGCGCCAAACACAGCAACAACAAGACUAGAAUAGACGAUCUGAAGAUAUGAGGAGGUUUAUGUUUCUCUGAGGGGUCUUAAAUCACUGCGAGGGGAUCGGAUGUUUGGACUUCUGAUCACAUGCUGAACUGAGUCCCCUCUUUAAGAUGGCACUGAUUUGACUCAUUCCACUUCUGAAGGGAGAGGCAUUUUUUUGGGUGCACGGAGAAGCUGCAGAGAUGUGUACAGACUGAUCAUGUUCAGUAACCACAUUUCUAAUGAAACUGAGAAGUGUCCCAUGACGGGCUAUUCUUUAGAAAAACAAAUAUGAUUUCACAUUAGACUGUAGCAUUGAUGGUGAAUUGUGCACCAUUUUUGGCAACACCAUAAUUUAAAUCAAAGCCGAUAAGUAUUUUUUUUCUUGAAAUUAUUUUGUGUAUGGUAUGGGUCUUUUCACUUGUCACUUUCAAUAAUAAUACAAACUUUUUAUAGCACUUUUAAAAAAUUAAAUUAAGUUUACAAAGUGCUUUCCAUAACACAAAAAGAAAAAAAGAAAUGAUGGGCAAGAUGUAAGGAGGUGAAGAACAACAUAAACCACAGAGUAAAAAAAUAAAUUGGCCAAAAUAUCAUAAAAAUUCAGGCAACAGUACACUAAAGUUGAUUUGCAUAAAAGCCUGUUUCAUUAAAGUGUUUUCAGAAGUGAUUUAAAAAAAAAAAAGAAAGACACUGAUUUUGCUACGCUUUUUCCUUCAAACAGGCCUGUUAUCACUGAUUACAUGACAAAGUGAACAGAAUGUUGCGUGUGCUCAGAUUUCACAUCCAGCAUUUUUUCCUGUCAGUGUGAAUGAAAGCACAAAUGUAUAAUGUUGCCUGUGUAUAAACUUUGGGAACAGAAUCCAGGGUGGAACUCUCUCGUGCUGACCUCAUUUGAGGAAAUCAGAUCGGAUGAAUAGUUACAUUUCACUUCCUUUAACUGUUUUGAGGUCAUCUAGCAUAGUUCACUUGCUUAGACUUGAAGUGCAAAGUUGUGCAAUAGCUGCCAACACAUUGGACGCUGGAAAUACUGUACGUCGUUCCAGGACGCGCCUCAAAACAGAAAUUGCACUCGUCUCAGGAGUUCUCACAUUUGUACUCUCUCCUUUUUUUUUUUUUUUUAUCGCGACAGCCGGCAAGUACAUAAUUAUAAGCACAUUGUUUUGUUUAUCGUUGUUUAUAUCUGUGUUUGUGUCAAUUGUUUCGUGUAAAGCACUUGGUGACAAGCAUAUUUG